CGAAAGUUUGUUCUUGAAUGCAUACAGGUGUAUAAAGGCCUGCCGGCUCUUUGGUGGGUAAAAUCUGAUGAUUACAGCAAUAAAACGAAGAAGGAUGAAGCUUAUGCAACAUUAUUAGGAAAAUACCAGGAAAAAUUUCCUGAUGUCACAAAAGAUGAACUCCGAAAAAAGUUUGCAUUAAGAACAAAUUUUCGAAAGGAACUGAAAAAGGUGCUAGAUUCAACUAAGUCAGGAGUUGGAACGGAUGACAUCUAUCAACCAACACUUUGGUAUUUUGAUGCCAUGAGCUUUCUG